AUGCAGUUUGCAAACGAAGCCGAGUACGAAAUCAAUGACUACACCCCCGAAGUGGUGUACACCAUGAUCAAGCACAUCUACGGCUUUUGGUAUCAUCAAGAGCACAUUGCCCGUUCACCGAGCGCGGAUGAGACUCUCGAUUUCUGGAUCCUCGUGGCCCACGAAUAUCAAGUAUCAUCACUUACGACAGCCGUCACCAAAUCCAUUCUUAAUCAUCUCGACGAGCAAAGCUGUCGAGUCCGAGCCUCGCUUUGGCCGGAAAGUUCCAAGAAAAAGUUAUAUAAAACGCUUCAGAAGAUCUCAGAACUCUAUGGCGAGUUCAAACUGUCGGACACCUCUUGCCUGGACGGUAUAGCAAAGAUUUUGACUAAGCGGAGCUUUUGGGUGUAUGAGCAGAAGAUCCAAGUGAGCAAGAUCAUGGAAUCAAGCGAGCCGAUCUGUGCGCGCCUGAUUCGCGAAAUGGGCAAAGGAAGAAAAUACAGUGCCUGUCGCAACUGCGAUCACCAUGUUCCUGACCCGAAUGAGCAAUAA